CCGGCAUCAACUACCAUUGUUCUAUUCGCCACAAAGAAAUCACUAUGGUCUUCGUCGCUCGCGCACUCAUCGCUGCGACCGUGGCCAGUGUCGUUGCCGCCGACGUUUCCAAGAUUCACCCCAAGCUUCUCCAGAAGCUGGAGUCCUCCACGGUUGCCCAAAACAUCAUCGUCGAGUUCAAGGGCACUGCCGAAGAAGCGCUCGCCGCGCCCAAGCUUGAGGCAGCGUCGUUAGCGUCGCGUGCGGAACGCGCCGAGCUGGUCCGGACGACCCUUGUUGACAACGCCGCCUCAGCGCAAGCGUCCGCGCUCAAGCUCAUUCAGAGCUCCAAGCUUGAGUCUGCGGCCAAGCCAACGCAGCUCUGGAUUAGCAACGCCCUCUUCAUUAAAAGCGCCGAGAAGGACCUCAUCAAUGCUCUUGCGAAGCUGCCCGAGGUCGCCUUCGUCCGUCCCGAAGCCAUGGGCCGCCUCAUCACCUCCGAGAUCUCGACGUCCGAAGCCGUUGCCGCCAACACCACAGAAUGGGGCCUCAACAUCAUCCAGGCGCCGGAGGUGUGGGCCAAGGGUUACCGUGGCCAGGGUGUCGUCGUUGGUUCCAUUGACACGGGUGCUCGUGCCACACACGAAGCGCUGAAGGGCAACUUCCGCAGCCUCAACGGCUGGUUUCAGCCCGAAGGUCGAUCGCCUACCCCUGUCGACAACAACGGCCACGGUACGCACACGGUCGGCACGUCUGUCGGCGGCAACGGUGUCGGCGUCGCGCCCGAUGCCAAGUGGAUCUCGUGCGAAGGCUGCCUUCCCAGCGGCAAGUGCCCCGAGUCUGUGCUCGUGGCUUGUGCGCAGUUCAUGCUCUGCCCGCACGACGCCGAAGGCAAGAACCCGCGGUGCGACCUCGCACCCCAUGUCGUCAACAACAGUUGGGGCGAUGACGACGAGAUCCCGGACGUGCCGUACUACAAGGGCCCAAUGGCCGCGUGGCGCAAGGCUGGCAUCAUCCCCGUCUUCGCAAACGCCAACAGCGGCCCCAACUGCGGCACGGUGCUCAGCCCUGGCGACUACGAUAACGUCAUUGGCGUCGGAGCCACGACCAACAAGGACGGUCUUGCGACGUUCAGCAGCAAGGGCCCCAACAAGUUUGGCCGCAUGAAGCCCGAUAUCUCAGCGCCCGGCCAAGGUGUCCGCUCGAGCUACAAGACGAGCGACACGUCCUACGCGAGCUUGAGCGGUACGAGCAUGGCGACGCCUCACGUGACGGGCGCCAUCGCGCUCCUCGUGUCGGCCAAGCCCGGCAUCACGUAUGACGAAGUGUACUCGCUCUUGACGCAGACGGUCGAGACCAAGUCGCUCAUCAACGACCCACUCACGUGCGGUGGGCUUCCGGGCGACAAGUACCCGAACAACAACUUUGGCUACGGCCGCAUGAACAUCUUGCGUGCCAUCGAGAAGAUCAAGGCGAGCUGCUAAGUGUCGAGCUUCGAGCUAGUCGAGCUAGGUGCAUUACUCGACUGCCAUAAUGUAUUGUGAGUGAA